UCUUGUGGGACCUGCAGACGCGGCCACAGUGGGUGGGGCGAGCGGCUGAGGGUGCAGCGUCCAGGGACGUCUGGAGGGGGCACAGUCCCCGCUGUGGAUGGAGAAGCUCUGGCUUUGCCAUCAGGAGGGGACAGAUGGACAGAGGGCUGAGCGGCCUCUCCUUCCCCAGGCUGAGCACCAUGGGUGCCCACGUGCACCCCCACUUAGGGGUCUGCCUCUGCCUGUGGCUGGGUGUCACCCUGGGACUUGGCCAGGAACAAGCAAAUGGCCGCCUGAAGCUAGCUGUGCUGCCCGAGGACCAGCUGCAGAUCAAGUGGACGGAGUCGGAGGGGGGUGGCCUUGGCUACCUGGUGCAGGUGAAGCCCAUGGCAGGGGACGUGGAGCAGGAGGUGAUGCUGACCACCAAGACUCCCAAGGCCACAGUGGGAGGCCUGAGCCCCUCCAAGGGGUACACCUUGCAGAUCUUUGAGCUCACCGGCUCAGGGAAUGUCCUGCUGGCUCAGAGGGAGUUUGUGAUCGAGGAUUUGAGGAGUCACUAUGCGAGCAGAAGCAGCUGGAGGCCCCUGGGGGCAGCUCUGGAGCCCACACCUUCCCACAUGGAGAGCCUGGACCCUGACCCCCGAGUCAUCUUGGCUCCAAGCCAAGACCCGCCCACUCUGGGUGGGUCCAGGUGGGGUGAGGGAUUUCCUGGCAAGGAUCAACGCUCCCCCAGAGGCCCCGGGGGGAAGGCCCCUGCUCAGCUCAGCCCAGAAAGGCCCAGCCGCCCCAGGACGUCUGUGAGAAACAGAGAGGCGCCAGCUGGCCUCCAGUUCCAUUGCAUGCCUCCUACACCCGCCGACAUGAUCUUCCUAGUGGACGGGUCUUGGAGUAUUGGCCACAGUCACUUCCAGCAGGUCAAAGACUUCCUGGCCAGCAUCAUCGAGCCCUUUGAAAUUGGGCCGGAUAAAGUCCAAGUAGGCCUGACUCAGUACAGUGGAGACCCCCAGACCGAGUGGGACCUGAACACCUUCAGCACCAAGGAGGAGGUGCUGGCAGCCGUGCACAGCCUCCUCUACAGAGGGGGAAACACAUUCACAGGCCUGGCCCUGACCCACGUGCUGGAGCAGAACCUGAGGCCUGCAGCUGGUCCCCGCCCAGAGGCAGCCAAGGUGGUGAUUCUCGUGACGGACGGCAAGUCCCAGGACGAUGCCUGUGCUGCUGGCCGCAUCCUCAAGAGCCUGGAUGUCGACAUCUUUGCUGUGGGUGUGAAGAAUGCUGAUGAGGCUGAGCUGAGGCUCCUGGCGUCCCCGCCACUGGACAUCACCGUCCACCACGUGCAGGACUUCCCCCAGCUCAGCACACUGGCCGGCCUGCUCAGCCGCCUAGUUUGCCAGCAGGUCCAGGGCAGGAGCCCACGUCCUGGUCCAGAAGUGGCCACCAGGGGGAGCAGGAAGAGUCUCUAUGCCAGCUGCCUCUGGCUUCCCCAGGGGCUCUUUACCCCUUGGCCCGUGUCCCUGAUCUGUGAUGCUUUCUCCUGUGGUGCCCCCCUUCCAGUGCCUCUGCCUCCGCCCCAGGCACUCGCCCUGGCCACAGUGACGCCCAGAACCAUCCACCUCACCUGGCAGCCCUCGGCGGGGGCCACCCAAUACCUGGUGCGGUACUCGCUGGCCUCCCCUAAGGGCGAGGAGGAGGACAGAGAGGUGCAGGUUGGGCAGCCGGAGGUGCUGCUGGGUAGCCUGGAGCCAGGCAGGGACUAUGACAUCUGGGUGCAGAGCCUGCAAGGUGCACAGGCCAGUGAAGCCCGGGGCAUCCACGCCAGGACCCCUCCCCUGGCUCCCCCCACACCCCUGAUCUUCUCAGACGUGAGCCAUGACUCGGCCCGUGUGUCCUGGGAAGGCACCCUGAGGCCGGUGCAGCUGUUCAGGGUCAGCUACUUGUCCAGCAAGGGCAGCCACUCGGGGCAGAUAGAGGCUCCUGGCAAUGCCACCUCGGUCACCCUGGGCCCCCUCUCCUCCUCCACUACCUACACUGUCCGCGUCACCCGCCUCUACCCUGGGGGCGGCUCCUCCACCACGACCGGCCGCCUGACCACACGGAAAGUCCCCAGCCCGAGCCAGCUGUCCGUGACAGAGCUCCCUGGGGGUGCGGUCCGGCUGGCGUGGGCGGCCGCAGCGGCGUCCGGGGUGCUGGUCUACCAGAUCAAGUGGACGCCUCUGGGGGACGGGAAGGCCCAUGAGAUCUCCGUCCCGGGGAGCCUGUGCACGGCCGUCCUGCCCGGCCUGGGGGGGCCCUUGGAGCACGAGAUCACCAUCCUGGCCUCCUACAGGGACGGGGCCCACAGCGACCCCGUGUCCUUCCACUACAGCCCCCGAGUCAGCCGGAGCCCACCCUCCAACCUGACCCUGGCUUCUGAGUCACCAAACAGCCUACGGGUCAGCUGGACGCCCCCCACUGGCCACGUCCUCUACUACCGGCUCACGUACAUGCUGGCCUCAGGCUCCGGACCAGAGAAAUCAGUCUCUGUUCCAGGACCCAGGAGCCAUGCGAUGCUCCCUGACCUGCUGGCAGCCACCAAGUACAGGGUCCUGGCCUCAGCAGUGUACGGAGCAGGCGAGAGUGUGGCAGUGACUGCCACAGGCCAAACGGCAGCCUGCCCAGCCCUCCACCCAGAUGGCUCCCUUGCAGGCUUUGACCUCAUGGCGGCCUUUGGGCUUGUGGAGAGGGAGUACGCCUCCAUCCGCGGGGUGGCCAUGGACCCCUCCGCGUUUGGCGCGACCAGGACCUUCACCCUCUUCAGGGACGCUCAGCUGACACGCCGAGCCAGCGACAUCCACCCGGCCGCCCUCCCGCCUGAGCACACAGUCGUCUUCCUCCUGCGCCUCCUCCCCGAAACGCCCCGCGAGGCCUUUGCGCUGUGGCAGAUGACAGCCGAGGACUUCCGACCUGUCCUCGGGGUCCUGCUGGAUGCAGGCAGAAAGUCCCUGACCUACUUCAGCCACGACCCCAGAGCGGCCUUGCGGGAGGUGACCUUUGACCUGCCUGAAGUGAGGAGGAUAUUCUUCGGGAGCUUCCACAAGGUGCACGUGGCCGUGGGACACUCCAAGGUCCAGCUCUACGUGGACUGUAGGAAGGUGGCCGAGAGGCCCAUCGGGGAGGCGGGCAGCCCUCCCGCCACCGGCUUCAUCACGCUGGGGAGGCUGGCCAAGGCCCGGGGCCCCCGGAGCAGCUCGGCUGUGCUGCAGCUCCAGAUGCUGCAGAUCGUGUGCAGUGACACCUGGGCGGAGGAGGACAGGUGCUGCGAGCUCCCUGCGUCGAAGAACGGAGAGACCUGCCCUGCCUUCCCUUCCGCCUGCACCUGCUCCUCGCAGAUACCUGGGCCCCCGGGACCCCAAGGGCCUCCAGGCCUCCCUGGCAGGAAUGGAGCCUCAGGACAGCAGGGCUUCCCCGGGCCCAGGGGAGAGCCCGGGCCACCUGGACAGACUGGACCCCGAGGUCCUGGAGGUCAUCAGGGGUCACCAGGGACCCAGGGUCGAACUGUCCAGGGACCUGUGGGUCCACCAGGGGUCAAAGGAGAGAAGGGGGACCAUGGACUCCCGGGCCUGCAGGGCGACCCCGGCCACCAGGGCGACCCCGGGGAGGCUGGCCUCCAGGGUCCGAAGGGCAUGAGAGGCCUGGAGGGCACCACUGGCCUGCCCGGACCCCCUGGACCUAGGGGCUACCCGGGCACGGCGGGAGCCAGGGGGACCAGUGGGGAGCGAGGACCCCCAGGGACUGUGGGGCCCACGGGUCUGCCCGGGCCCAAGGGGGAGCGAGGAGAGAAGGGCGAGCCACAGUCCUGGGCUGCCAUCUACCAGCUUGUGAGCCAGGCCUGCGAGUCCAUCAUCCAGACGCAUGUGCGGAGGUUGGACUCCUUCCCCCACAAGAGUGCCCGGCUCCCCAUGCCCAUCUGGGAGGCCCCUGGGCUCCCUGGAGAAGGGGGAAAUGGUGGCUCCCGCCCUGAGGACAGAGGUGCACCCGCAGCCCUGGCUCAGGUGGGCAGCCCUCAGCCACAGGGGAGCAAGAUUCCAGGAUCCUUGGGAGGGGCAGGGGAACCUGGCCUGGGGAGAGGAGGUACUGGAGGCCGUUCUCCCUGCUGCCUGGAGUGACCUGCACCUCUUCCCUGGAGUCUCAGAGGAGCCGGAGAGUGUGGGAGGAGCUGGAGGCGGGCGGAUGGGCAGCGAGGGCGGCACCUCUCCUCUGUACCGUUCCCUCCGCCCCAUAAACCUCAUCAUGGAGUCAGACUCCCACCUUCAA